UUGAACUAAACUUUUUUCUUUUCUUUUUCUGUUUGACUGCGUACUCUGUUUCCUCUUACGCCCACACCACCACCUUUCAUCUUCAUCUUCUCUCUCUUACUCUCUCUCUCUCUCUGUUGGCUACAUUUUUCUUUACAUUUAUUGGUUGUUCUAGCUAUUAUUUAGUUUUUUUCUCGCCGUCGCCGGUGAAGGGGGGUGCCGGAAAAAUCGCCGGACGGCCCCUUUUGUUUUUCCAUCAGCGAGUAAGUCAAACCUAGUCAAUCUGAAGCGUCGGAGGACUCACCAUUGGAUUUGGAGCUUCGGAAGAGAAGAAAUUGGAAAUUUUCGGGACUCGUUUUUAUUUUUCAGGCUGGGUGUUUUUUUUUUGUUUUCAGAUCUGAGUGAGAUUGAAGGUGUGGGUUCGGUUUGAAUAAUUUGAAGGGGGUGCGGGGGAAAGUAGGCGGGGGUGGAGUGGAUGGUCGUCGUGCGCGGCGGUGAGGAGGUUGCGGAGCGGUGGCAUGAUAAUGAGCGAAAGGGGAAGGUGGUGGUGGCGGUGGUGUGGAGGUGGUGACUGUUUCACAUGGAAUGGCAGAUCUUGUUAGCUAUGCUAAUGCCGACCGUGACAUCGAUCAGGCACUGAUUUCGCUAAAGAAGGGAGCUCAACUACUUAAAUAUGGUCGUAACGGAAAACCUAAGUCGUAUCCAUUUAGACUCUCGAACGAUGAAAAAACUUUAAUUUGGAUUUCUAAUAGCGGCGAAAGAACUUUAAAGCUAGCUUCAGUUUCAAGACUCAUCCCUGGACAAAGAACCGCUGUUUUCCAACGAUACCUGCGCCCAGACAAGGACUACUUAUCAUUCUCUCUCAUAUAUGACAACGGGAAAAGAUCGCUUGACUUGAUAUGCAAGGACAAGGUUGAGGCAGAAAUCUGGAUAGCUGGCCUUCAGGCACUGGUAUCAUCCGGAAAAGCUGGUCGCUCGAAAAUCGAUGGAUGGAGAGACGGAGGCCUCUAUUUUGACGACAACAAAGAUUUGACGACAACUAGUCCAAGCAACAGUUCCGUAAGUGCUACAAGAGAAAACAGCUCUCCCGAGGUUUCGAUUACUUCAAACAUAACCGCUUCACCGAAAAACAACUCGGACAAGUCUCAUGUAGUUUCAUCAGACCAAACAAACAUGCAACUGAAAGGAUCUUCGUCUGAUGCUGCUGCUGCUCUGAGAUUCAGUGUAUCAAGUGCUCCCAGUACUUCCAGUCACGGUUCAGCUCAAGACGAAGGUGAUGUCUUAGGUGAUGUGUAUAUAUGGGGCGAAGUUAUAUGUGAUGAUGUCAUUACUUCCAAUAGCACGAGAACCGACGUUCUCGUUCCUAGGUUGUUGGAAUCAAACGUUGUCUUGGACGUGCACCAAAUAGCAUGUGGGGUCCGCCAUGCUGCUUUAGUCACGAGGCAAGGUGAAGUCUUUAGUUGGGGGGAAGAAUCAGGCGGAAGGCUUGGACAUGGAGUUGGACAAGACGUCACUCAACCUCGUCUGGUCGAAAGUUUGUCUUUUCUGAGCGUCGAUUUUGUUUCUUGUGGAGAGUUCCACACUUGUGCUGUCACAAAUUCCGGUGAAAUCUACACAUGGGGUGACGGCACGCAUAACGCGGGCCUAUUGGGUCAUGGCAAUGAUGUCAGCCAUUGGAUACCGAAGAGAAUCACGGGCCCACUCGAGGGGCUUCAAGUUGCAUUCGUCACUUGUGGGCCAUGGCAUACUGCUUUGAUAGCUUCGACAGGUCAGCUUUUUACGUUUGGGGAUGGAAAUUUCGGAGUUUUGGGGCAUGGUGAUAGGGAAAGUGUUUCCUACCCGAAGGAAGUUGAUUCCUUGACAGGGUUGAGAACUAUAGCAGUUUCGUGUGGAGUGUGGCACACUGCUGCUUUGGUGGAGGUUAUUGCAGCGAAUUCUACUACAAACGUUCUGUCUGGGAAACUGUUCACGUGGGGCGAUGGAGACAAGAAUCGGUUAGGACAAGGUGACAAAGAGCCUCGUCUGAAGCCUACUUGUGUUCCUGCAUUAAUAGAGUUCAAUUUCCACAAAGUUGCGUGUGGCCAUAAUAUGACAGUCGGUUUAACCACAUCGGGAAAUGUUUUCACAAUGGGAAGUACUGUCUACGGUCAGCUCGGAAACCCUCAGUCAGAUGGAAAAAAACCAGUCUUGGUCGAAGACAAGCUCGCACACGAAACAGUCGAAGAAAUUGCUUGUGGUGCGUAUCAUGUGGCUGUACUAACAUCGAAAAACGAGGUCUACACGUGGGGUAAAGGAGCUAACGGGAGUUUAGGACAUGGAGAUGUAGAAGACAGGAAAACACCUACUCUAGUCGAAGCUUUUAAGGACAGGCAUGUUAGAUUUAUUGCAUGCGGGUCGAAUUACUCUGCAGCUAUAUGUCUCCAUAAGUGGGUUUCGAGUGCCGAGCAGUCACAGUGCUCGUCUUGUAAGCAGGCUUUCGGUUUCACGAGAAAGAGGCACAAUUGCUAUAACUGUGGACUUGUGCACUGCCAUGCUUGUAGUUCAAGAAAGGCAGUAAAGGCAGCAUUAGCACCUAACCCUUACAAACUUUACCGCGUGUGCGAAUCUUGUUUUACAAAACUGUCCAAGGUGGCAGAAUUAGCUGGAGCCAAUAGCCGGAGAAACAGCGUGCAACGUCUUUCUGGAGAAAACAAGGAUAGAUUGGAUAAGGCCGAUCUGAGGUUUGCCAAGUCAGCAUCGAUGCUGCCUUCUAACAUUGAUUUGAUCAGACAGCUGGAUACGAAAGCAGCUAAACAAGGAAAGAAGGGCGAUACAUUCUUUUUAGGCCGAACCUCUCAAAUGUCUGUUGAUUUUCGUAGAACUGUGCCACGUCCGACAAUUACCACUACGCCAUCCGGUGUUGGAUCAAGAGCCGUGUCGCCCUUUUCGAGAAAAUCUAGCCCUCCUAGAUCUGCAACACCCGUCCCUACAACAUCUGGGCUGUCUUUAUCCAAAAGUAGUACAAAUAGUUUGAAGAAGACCAAUGAAGUCCUAAAUCAGGAAAUUCAUAAGCUACGUUUGCAGGUAGAGAGCCUUAUAAAUCGAUGCGAACUGCAAGAAUUGGAGCUCCAAAGUUCAGCAAAGAAAACCGAGGAAGCAAUUGCGUUAGCUGCAGAGGAAUCUGCUAAGUGCACAGCUGCUAAAGAAGUUAUUAAGUCUCUUACAGCACAGGUCAAAGAUAUGGCUGACUUGUUACCACACGGGGCUUAUGACCACGAAAGCCUCAAGUUGGUAAACCUGCCGAACGGCGUACAGCAUCCACGUAACGAUUCUAUAAGUAUUCUGUCUGUAAGGAGCAGCAUGUCCGAAGAUCUUGGCAGUAAAGAUUGUGGGCCCCACCAAGAAGUCGAAAACAUCUUGAAAUCAAGAAACGUGGCGGUUUCUGAUAAUAAUAAUAAUAAUGCUAAUAAUGCUGGUGGCCAAACGGAAAACGAAUGGAUUGAACAAUACGAACCUGGUGUGUAUAUAACACUUGUAGCUCUUCAAGAUGGAACUAGAGAUCUAAAACGUGUUCGCUUCAGUCGGAGAAGAUUUGGAGAACAGCAAGCGGAGAGUUGGUGGUCGGAGAAUCGAGGAAAAGUCAACGAGAAAUACAAUGUGAGGGGAUCGGACAAGUCAUCUGUUUCGGGGCAGGCAGCUUGGAAAUCGGAGGGAGCAUUUUCACCUUCUUCACAAAUUUAGAUUAAGACAACUGAUGAUUGAUUGUUCAAAAGUGUGUUUUGUUCUUAAAAAUGUAAGAUGCUUACUGUUAGUGUAGUUUUGUCAGAUCAAUUGGAGGAAUUCAAUUUUGUCUUUUUUCCCUAUU